GUGCCCCACUGGGCCAAAGUCCUGAUAAUAGACUACAUGUCGAAGAUCUUCUUUGUGUAUGAGGUAGGGGAGAACUGUACCACACCUGAAAGUGACCGAGGCACAUUGUUCUCUGAAGACCCACUGGCCAGCCUUGAGAGAGAUGGGUAUUUUGACAAAGGGUUUUAUGGAGACUGUCACCAUGAUGACAGAAACCGCAGUCAGUUUAAUGGGUACAAUCACAGAGAUCACCGGCAUUGGAAUGGGUACCAUCACAACAACUGUGACUAUCGACAAAAGAGGCAUAACCAGCAAAGGAGGACCCGCUCAUCUUCAAAUUCCCCUAUUCGACAGAAUGCCCAUCAUCCAAAAUACACACACUACAUUGGCCGAGAUGGAAGUGAAAAGCUCCCACUGACAAGCCAGGAGAAACUCAAAGAUAGCAAACUUUCCAUUCCAGAAAAACUUACUGGAUACACCUACGAUCAUGGCAAUGGUUAUCUCAAUGGAGUUGGGUAUCACCACGAUAAUAGCUACAGCAAAACCUUUGGAGCAGAUAGUUACAAUAAGACCACCACUGGCACAGGAUGUGUAUGCAUCUGUGGCCAACAUCAGAAAGUGGUGCGGAACAUUGAGUACAUAUCUAACUGUUUCAGAGAGCAGAGGGCACACCAGGCCAAAGGGGCCGAGUGGAAGAAGGUUGCCAAGGUGAUGGACAGGUUCUUCAUGUGGGUGUUUUUCAUCAUGGUCUUCCUCAUGAGUAUCCUUGUCAUGGCCAAGGCAACCUAG